AUGGCUGGGGAUGGGGGGAGGGGUGCCAACGAGGACGCCGGCCGCGUCGGACUGGUGAUCGUGGUGACCGGCCUGGUCGGCUCGAUCCUCUGCGGCGUCUGGCUGGACAAAACGCACCGCUUCAAGAUCACGACGGUGGUCGUGUACAUCCUGAGCGUGGCCGGCUUGUUUGCCUUCACGUUCACGCUGCCUUUGGGCUACAUCAGUCUUGUGUACGUCACCGCCGGUCUCCUGGGCUUCUUCAUGACCGGCUACCUACCUUUGGGCUUCGAGUUUGCUGCUGAGAUCACAUACCCUGAACCGGAAGCUACCACUUCCGGCCUGUUGAACGCCUCGGCGCAGAUCUUCGGCAUCAUAUUAACCAUCGCCGGUGGCGCCCUCUUGACCGACUAUGACGAGAGAGCCGCCAAUCUCUGCUUCGCGGCCGCGCUGGUGCUGGGGGCCCUGCUGACUGCCGUCAUCAGGGAGGACCUGCGACGUCAGCAAGCUCACAGCAACCACCGAGCCGAGACCCAGAUCCAGACAAGCCAGCUGUGACGGCGCCUGGGUCACCACCGGCGACUCCACGCCAGCCACCGAGACCGAGACCCAGACCCAGACCAGCCAGCUGUGACGGCGCCUGGGUCACCACCGGCGGUCCCACGCCAGCCACCGA